UAGGUCAGGUCAGGUCAGGUCAUCCCUACUGUCUCAAGUUACCACAGUGAACGUCAAACAACCAAUUCUUCACAAGUUCAAGAUGAGACGAGUGGUGACCCUGGCCUCCCUCUUGUUGCUGCUAGCUGGGAUGCUGCCACUGUUAGGUGGUGCGUGGGCGUGUGAGCCGGAACAGCUGGUUCAGGGAUGCCGGAUUGACGAUGGGGCGUGUGUCUGUGGUCUUGGUUGUGACACCUCUUUCCGCUACUCCACCCGCGACCAGUGUCAGACGGCCCUAAAGGGCGAGAAGGCGGACCCUUGCGAAUCGACCCCCUGUAAGAACUCUGGCGUGUGCUCCCAGAUAGUCCGAGACCCGGGCUACCAGUGCCUCUGUGUCAACACUGGGUACUACGGCCACGUCUGCCAUAAGAAAUGUCCCACGCCGGAAGAAUUCAACAACAUGGACCCGAGUACUCAGUUCCCCAUUGAGUGCAUGUUGAUUUAGUGGACGUGAAGUGAAGCCGAUCUCUGUCACCUGAUGUUAAUAUUGCGUUUACUACCUUUGUCAGUGGGGUCCUCAGGUGAACACAGGUGAAUACUAGUGAGUACAGGUGAACACAGGUGAAUACUAGUGAGUACAGGUAAACACAGGUGAAUACUAGUGAGUACCGGUGAACACUAGUGAGCACAGGUGAAUACUAGUGAGCACAGGUGAAUACUAGUGAGCACAGGUGAUCAGAGGUGAACACAGAUGAAUACCAGUGAGCACAGGUGAACACAGGUGAACACUAGUGAGUACAGGUGAACACUAGUGAGCACAGGUGAACACAGGUGAAUACUAGUGAGCACAGGUGAACACAGGUAAAUACUAGUGAGCACAGGUGAACACAGGUGAAUACUAGAGAGCACAGGUGAACAUAUGUGAUCACAGGCGGUCACAGGUGAACACAAGUUAUCACAGGUGAACACUAGUGAGCACAGGUGAAUACAGGUGAUCACAGGUGAACACAGGUGAACAAACCAGCACAUUGUUGUCACGACACACCUGUAAUCACUACAAUAAGACCACAAGAUAUAGGUAAGCUCACUAGUACACUCUUCCAAUGAGUCUGUAUUUUGUAUGAUUUAAUACAUUCAACUACAAAAUUUCCUGUAUUUUUAAUAUAAUUCUUGGAAAAUAUUACCAGACAUAACAUCUUGGGCGUGAACAGUUACGUGUGACUUAAUAUACACAAUAAAUAACAUUGGGAGUCUUCUGAUUAGUCUGUUAGUUUGUAUUUUGUAAAUUAUGUAUUUUAUGCUAAGGGUUUCUGUAGUAUGAAAUAAUCUUGUAUAUAUGAAUCAAACUGUAGUGUAUAAGGCUACACAAAUUCUGUACUGUGAAUUAGUCUUGUGUUUAUAAGACUUAAUAUAAUAAUACACGUAGUAAUUUUCUACCAUCAUGAUACUCGUUUGUAUGGUGAUCGAAAAGUCCAUGUGCAUCUGUAAUAAUUGAGACUAUAUCUGUUCCUUGUUAUAUCUUCUUUGGUAUUUAUUUUAUUCUUCUUAAAAUCAAUAUUGGAAAUGUUCACUGUAAAUUUUAUGAGUGGAUGCCAGUUCUGUUAUUUAUUUUAAGUAUAAUAAGGUAUAUGAUAAUGUAGAUAUAACAAGUGAUAACUAUAUUGUUAAUUAUUGCAAGUGCACAGGGACUUUUUGAUCAGCUAUAGACGAUAUAAAUACGUCAUGAAUACUUAAAACAAAAGAAUAACCAAAACAAAAGAAUAACCAAAACAAAAGAAUAACCAAAACAAAAGAAUAACCAAAACAUAAGAAUAACCAAAACAAAAGAAUAACCAAAACAUUCAAGCAUUUAUGAAAAUUUUAAGACUAUUUACCAGUUAAUAUUUCACAGAUUCAUUCAUAUUACGAUAAAUAUUUGUUUAAAAAAGAAGAAAAAGGAUAAAAUUAACAUAUACUAAAAUAUUAACACACUAUAAGAAAGAUAUCAGUUGGUUAUAUAAGAAAAUAUAUAUUAUAAAAUUUACUCGGUUAAGAAUGUUUGUGUUUAUAUUAUAUAAAUAUUAGUGAUUGAUGUAUAUUUAGAUUUAUAAGGGUAUGGUUUAUAUACAUAUAUAUAUUAUAUUUAAAGUGAAACCUCUAUAUAACGGACUUCUCUCUCCAUAUAAUCCGUUAGAUGGAGUUUAACAUAACGGAACCCUCGAUAUAACGGAUUUCUCUCUCCAUAUAAUCCGUUAGAUGGGGUUUAACAUAACGGAACCCUCGAUAUAACGGAUUUUCUUCACCGUAUAGUCCUUUAUAUGGAGGUUCCACAUAACAGAACCCUCGAUAUAACGGACUUUACUCUCCAUGUAGUCCGUUAAAUAAAAGUUUCACUGUACACAUAUAUCAAACUAACGGAAUUAAGUGAACAGAAAAAAUAUCACAAAUUUCUGAACGCCGAAAUGAAUAUGUUGAAUGACUCCAUAACUCUUAUAGCUCUACCAUGGGUUAUGUGUGUGGGUUCUGUGGGUUCUGGUGGGUUCUUGUGGGUUCUGUGUUUGGGAUAUAUGGGCUCUUUGGGUUCCUGUGAGUCCUGUGGGGGUCCUUGUGGGUUCCUGUGGGUUCCUGUGGGUCCCGUGGGUUAGGUUCCGUGGGUCCUCUGUGGGUCUUGGAUUCCUUCAUCAAUAUUUUGCUAAUCAAAAUGUUCUGGUGUGAUUACGUGUCGCGUCUGAAUGAUUGUAACGUUAAAUUGGGGCCCAAGUCUGAUUAGGCCCCAUCCUAGCAGACCCCAGUCUUAAUAGACCCCACUCUAGUAGGUCCCACUCUUAACACGACCCACUCUAGCAGACCCCAGUCUUAAUAGAUCCCACUCUAGUAGGUCCCACUCUUAACACGACCCAUUCUAACAGGCCCCAGUCAUAAUAGACCUUAUUCUAGCAGGCUCCAUUGAUAAUAGACCCUAUUUUAUUAGGCCCCACUCUUAAAAGGCCCUAUUUUACCAGGCCCCACUCUUAAAAGGCCCUAUUUUACCAGGCCCCAAUUACAAUAGACCCUAUUUUAGCAGACCCCAGUCUUAAUAGGUCCCAUUCUAACAGGAAAAUAGACCCACGAGGGGGGCCUAUAUUUAGACCGUCUCGUUCUGAAUGAGCGUCCGGCCCGUCAUUGACCUAGGAAUCGUCAGGAGAGCCAAGCAAUUAGCACAUCCUCACACGGCAGCUCUUGUGUGAACUUGAACUCAUCCAAUGUUAUCUGGGGGAACCACGACCAUCACUCGCUGCUGUGGGAGACUAGACACACUACAAAACCUACUCUACUCUGGGUGCUGUGUUCUCCUAGCGACUGGGGAAACAAGUUGCUUCAAGUCUCGUGGUUGUCUGGAAGUUUUUGCCACUUAGGGAGUUUUGUGAGGUAUUUUACGUAGCGAAUUUCAUCAGAGAGACUCUAUCUGACGGCAUAACACGGACUGCACUCUACUUAGUCUUGUCAGAUAUGCAUGAAACAAGUUCAGCCAUGGAGUGUAUAUUUUUUUGAGUCAGGAUACAACUUCUUGCUGACUUCAUGUGCAAUUUUGCGUCUCACAGUCACAAGACAAUUUCCUCCGGCUGGUGAACUGUUUUGGUCACCCCGUGGGACAACUCCGGAGGCUGUGUCACCUUGAAUGCUUUAUUACACAGGAAACUUGUGACUUUACUAGAGAGCAUUCAUAGUAAAACAACUCUCAUUUUAUCCUCACUCUGACAACACGAGAAAAUUAUACCCAAAACUGAUUCUUUAUAUCAUGGGUCCUUCGUCUACUGUACAGCUCACGUCAACAUUACAACAACAUCUUAAACUAAUCAGACCAGACAACAAAUCCAGCUUGAUAGACAAAUUAAUCAUCCAACUCAUCAUAGCCCUUAGAAAAUUCAUGGAUAAGACACUCUGGAGUUAAUACAUAAUCAAUUAAUGUUUGUAUAUAUCAACAUAUCACUUGUACCUAAGGUGAGGUGUAUGGGUCAACAGUCACCCUUAAAAAUCCAUUCUCCUCUCCUCUUGAUCCCACGAACCCAAAGAGAUUCAAACUCACGAGUCCGAAGCAAUUAUAGAUAGAAUAAUAUACCAAUCUACGGCUCCGGGUUCACGAAUCUGAAUCUUGGGGUUCGUGGGUUCGGGGGAGGGAGAGGAGAAAGGACAUUUUAAGGGGUGACUAUACAGCUCGACCACACAGCAUAGGAGAGCCUCGAGGGAUGGUAAAUAGUAAACACGUAUCAUUAAGUGAUUACUGUUGUGUGUAACGUCACCACACGUAUCAUAAGGAAGUGUAUGUUAUGUCUAAUAGUGUUUAGUUAGGGUUAAAAGUGUCCCAGAAACAGUGGAGAAAUAUUAUGCUGUUUGGUAUCCAUUUAUAAUAGUGUUAUAAACUGAGUAAUUACUUUUAAAAAACUAUGAUAAUUAUUGAGAUUUAUUCUGUUUAAUUACUGAAGUUUAUUCCAAUUAAUUAUUGAUAUAAACUGAUUAUUUCUAAUAAAAAAUAAGUAAUUUCUUCGAAGCAAAGCCAUGAAGAUUAAUGAGAUUUGUUCUUAUUUAAUUAAUGAUAUAAUACACCUUUAUGACAUAUCUCCUCUUACGUCACAGGUCAUCCGUCUAUGGGUGACCCGAAGUCAGGUCAUAAAGCUGCAUCAGAUCAGUUCAGUGAGUCAAGUAAAUAUGGAUUUACAUUCAUGGAGCUGACUGAAGCAGCUAUUAAAAAAAAAUCACUGUUAUGAUAUCAAUGGACACCGUUUAGUAUAUACUGUUAACCAAAGGACUUGAAUGUAAAAAAAAAAUAUGAUCUUUCGUGUUCUGCAUGUCAC